AUGAAAAACCUCAGUGUCGAUGACAGAUUUCAGCUCGCGGGGGAUUACUCUGCCCCAAAAGGACUCUACGAGUACACCAAAACUCUACCCUUCACUGGUCGAGUCAAGAGCAAUGUGAAAUCUCUUGUAGCUGGCGAGUGGACGGAAAUCACGCUUGAAUAUGAGGUUGGCGCCUCUGGUCUAGCAGAUGGAGCUUGGAUCAAGGGUACUUUCAAAUUUUACUCGGAUUGGGCUUUAUUUCAAACCUCCGACCGGACAAAGGACAACUAUGUCAGUGCCGAGUAUAUUCCUAACACCCUCUUCCCGGACCAGACUCCAGCGACAGUACAGUCACUGGGCAUUCGAUUCGAUCAAAAGGGUCACGAACGACCUUUUCAAAAGGCUGUGAUUGUUGAUGUUCAAGACGGUUACAUGAGCCCCGGUGAUCGAAUUGUCAUUCGCCUUGGGGACCGCCGUUAUGGGGCUCGAGGAACGCGAGCCCAAACUUUCAUAGAAAAGGACUUCCGCUGGAGGUUUUACAUUGAUCCUGUCGGAACUUCUCGCUUUGCCCCGAUUCAGCCUGAUAUCUCUUGGGAUAUUCGGGCCGGUACCAUUCAUCGCAUUCAAACGGUCUCACCUAGAGUGCUGCAACCUUCUGUUCCAUUUGCUAUUCACUCUCAUGCAGAGGAUAUCUGGGGAAAUGUGACCAGUGAUCUAGAAGAUCUUUCCUUUGAGUUGAAAAUAUCUGACAAGGAAUCCGAGGUCGUACGGGCAACUGAAAUCCAUGUCUCGAAUCAAGGUUGGACCAAUGCCAUAUUCUCCAAUCUGAGCAUAGAAUCUGAUGGAGACUACACAAUCGAUGUGGCUGUUAAAAGCAAUGAUGCAAUUAUUGCAUCUCAAAAAUCUCUCAUCACAGUCUCCUCUGACCUGACAGUUCCAAGGGCCCUGUUUGGUGACCUGCAUGUGCACUCUGAUGAUACUGUGGGAACCGAGUCAUCCAUUUACAACUUUUCCUAUGGUCGGGAAAUUGCCGCACUUGAUGUUCUCGGAUACACUGCCAAUGACUUCCAAAUCACAAAGGAACGUUGGGAUGCCACGACCGAAUUGAUAAAAUCGCUCAACAAGCCUGGCGAGUUUGUCAUCUUCCCGGGUACCGAGUGGUGCGGAAAUUCCGCAGCGGGAGGAGAUCACAAUGUUGUUUUCCUCGCGGAUCCAGCGACUCAUCCACCCGAGUUCCCCUUCGAUCGCCACGGGAACGUUGCCCGGUCAUUUGAAUGGUCUGAAGAUGGCCCCAAGGAUCUUGUCCCUGGAGCCUGGCCACUGGAUGAGGUAUACUGCACCUACGCCAGGGACGCAGAGAAUCAUCUCCUUAUCCCCCAUGUCGGUGGUCGUCGCUGCAAUCUCGCAUGGAACCACCCAAAACUUGAGCGCUUGGUUGAAAUCGGAAGUGCAUGGGGUCAAUUCGAGUGGCUCCUUCAGGAUGCCGUGCGCAGGGGCUGGAAACUUGGAGUCUCCGCUAAUUCUGAUGAGCAUCGCGGUCGAUGCGGUGGUGGUGUUCCCGGAACCGCAGUCUUCGGUACUCGAGGCGGGCUAACUGGAAUUCUUGCCCCAAGGUUAGAGCGUCAAGAUAUUGCUGAUGCUUUACGGGCGCGCCACACAUUCGCAACCACUGGGCAGCGAUUGGUAGGACUGGUUCAGACAGCCGAUCAGUCUGCGAUACAGGGUGACGAGAUUCAAAUCGGAAAGCAAGAAGUGCUAGAGCUCGAUUACCACUUCUUUGGUGAGAAAGGGUUCUCCUCUAUCGAGGCAUUUGAUGCAUCGGGCUUAGUCUGGCGAAGACACCUGUGGUCUGAGUCCGACGCGCCUGCGACAAUCUUACGGGUGACUUGGGGUGGAGCAAGGUUGUAUGACAGAUACCGUGAGGCUGUUUGGAAUGGAACCAUCACCGUUUCAGGGGGGAGUACCAUGGAGAAUGUGCUGCCAUUCGGGGGUCUUGAGGAUAACACAGAAGACUUCGCUCGGUUGAUAAAUGGAAACUCGGUUGGAUUUUCAAGCAAAACCAGCGGUGACCUGGACGGUGUUAAUGUUGUUCUCCAUGGCGAGAGCUCUACACGAAAAAUUCGCGUUGCAGGCUCACUGGGUGGGUAUGUCAAGGUUGGAGACACGUUGGCCGGAAAUCCUCACAAGGCCCAGCCAACAUUUGAGCUUGAGGCAUCUUGGGAAGAAGUGCAACGUCCAGACGGAAAAUCGGUGAAAAUUCUUGGCGGGGCGGAUCUAUUUGUUCGCGUUGAAGCAAUUCCAAACGUGGAUCUGCCACGUCGGAUCCAGGGACGAGCAUCUUUCAGUGGUCAGGAGACCGGGUCGCGCUCGAUAUAUUUUGUUGGCCGAGAGUGGAGUGGUGAAAAGGUGAUCACCAGUCCUAUUUUUAUAGACUAUAUUUAA